AUGCGAUGCGCGAGCAAGGCCGCCGAGAGCGCGUCCGCACGUCUCUGUGCGGACGCCGAAGCAGAAACCACAGCAACUGAUGUCUCAUCGGUUGCUGGAGCGACUCAGCCUAUGUCACUUGGUGAUGCAGGAGCUGGUCAUGAAGACACUCAUGUCUUCACAGAGUAUGAGCUCGGUGUCUCAUACUCUCCUGAUACGGAAGACGGAUCUGUAUCGACGGCGAUCGGAUCCAAGCCGCCUGCCAAGUGUGGCAUGGAUGAUGCUAUGCGUCGUAGCAUCUUUGGUUCAUCUGAUGAAUCAGAUGAACCAUCGCCGAAGCGAAGGCGCUCGAGGUCGCGAGACUCGGGCGCUAAUAAUGGUGUCGCUUCUCCUAUGGACACCACCUCGCAACGAGGUGCCAGUGCUUCUGUCGGCACGUCGCAGGAAGAGCGGGACCGCAAUGUGUUGCGUCUCGCUCCUGAGAAGAAGGCAUGGAUGCCUCCCAAAUCUGUCAUGGAUCACUUGUCGGCGACGACGAGUGAUCGUUAUCGAACACGAUUGUUCGAUUCGUCAAGGAUCCAUCACCUUGACCUCAGCGCGAAGAACUACCGCGCUGAGAAUGAAUUCCAUAUCGAUGCUUUCUUUAGACAUAGAUGGUACAGUGGGAAUCACAAGCGUGAUGGUCCUUCACUGCUUCAGGCGUGGAACGCCUACAUCCAUAACCUUGAGGAUGUAGGUCGUGACGCUUGGAACGACAAACUUAUCAAAGCUCGUGAUAAGUUUGAAAAGCGAACCUCUACAGCACCUAAGGAGGCUUACCUCCUUACUAACCCGUGGUGGGGCGUACGUAUCUCUACUGAGAUGUACGAGGGGAUUGACAACCUGAAAUCCCUUUACGACCGAGCCGGGAAGACUUUCUCCGGUGGUCCUUCUGCGGGACAGGAUGUGCCGCAGAAGGUCGUACUGCUCAACCAGACCCAGUACGUACACCAUCAGUUGAGAGCGGGGCUCCCAAGUAUCCCAGGACGGGGGAAAGCCGCGCCACCGGACGAGAUAACUCGUCCGACGUCCGUUCACGUCGCGGUGGUUCAACAGCUGCUCAACUAG